AUUUGCUGUUGUGUUUCAGUAUUUAUUCAUUUGUACUGGGAUUUGUUGUUGCUGUAUCUUAAAUGUAAGCGUGUCUUGGCCACCGUACUUUCAGCUUAAAAUCAAUCUUUACACCGGAAUCCUUGCCUUAUUUUUUGAACUACACAAUUUCUUGAAAUUAUUGAGUUUGAAUUCAGAUGCUCAUUUUUCUGCAUGAUCCCUGUGGUCAAAAUGGUCAUGAGCGAGUCAAGGUUAGUCUCAUAACAGCGUGUGGAGCAAUGCUGUAUUCCUGUGUGGUCUGAGCAUAAACGAGAAGUGAAGACUUCCCUUUGAAUACAUCUGUUUUUCUUGUCAUCCAGACACCACAGUCAGCAUUUAAACUUGCAGCAUGAGCAUCUCUGAAGAGUACGUUCCCUCAGAGACAAUGGCCACUAGGGAGUUGGAUGGUGGAACUGUGGGGGCUUGUGUGAUCUUGGGUUUAUCCUUCUUGGUCGGGGCUCCUGGGAAUAUGUUUGUGAUCUGGACAAUCCUGAGGCACGUUAAGCAGCGCUCUCACACCGUGGUGACCAUCCUGCACCUGGCUGCUGCAGACUUGCUGGUCCUCGUCACUCUGCCUCUGUGGAUCUACUCUUUGGCGCGCUCUUGGGUCUUCGGGGAAGCCUGUUGCAAAGCCAUGGUGUUUGUGAUCAACGCCUGUAUGUACAGCAGUGUUUUCAUUAUAACGCUUAUGAGUGUGGAGCGUUUUAUUGCUGUGCGUUACCCUUUUGCAUCAGCUAACUGGAAGAGAAAACAAGCUUUGAACAAAGUUCUUCUGGCUGUUUGGACUGUAUCGUUCUUGUUCAGCAUACCUGUCAUCCCAACUCAGAUAGUUGAUAAUGAUUUUGGACAGGAGCAGUGUUUGUACCGCUCUUACACCUCCACAGCUCAAGAGCUUGUGUGUCUUCUGCUAGAAACAGUGUUGGGUUACAUCUUACCCUUCUCCAUCCUUGUGAUCUGCUAUGGCUGCCUCUGCAGCCGCAUCACUCAGAUGACUUUCAGGUCAAAACGCAAGUCCACCGUGGUGAUUGGCAGCAUCGUGAUUGCCUUUGCUAUCUGUUGGACUCCCUUUCACAUUGGGAAUGUUCUCUCGCUUGUUAUCCUGGCCAUCCAAGAUUCCUACCAAGAUGCAGCACAGAAUCUGGAGAGCAUCAGGAAUACCAUGGCAACCAUCGCAGGAGCCUUGGUCUUCGUUAGCAGCACAAUCAACCCCAUCCUCUACAUGUUUGCAGCUCGCUCAUUCAGAGAAUCCCUGCGUGAAACUGGCAUCCAGAAGCUCUUCCGCCACAUCUCCAGCACCUCCCCAGGUGAAGGCACCAGGGAGGUGUCUUUUGUGGCCAAGAAGCACAGCAAUCAGUCUGAAACCUCACAGUGUGUGUCUGAUUCUAAUGUCCAAAUGGAUGUUUUGUUGAAAAUGUGCGAAGAUACACCAUCCUGAUGCUGAAAUGAAGUGUUCUUGGUGUACUUUUUGUGACAAAAUAUUUAUUUUAUGAUAUUCUUGCUCAGUGUCUCUAAUUUCCUAUUUAAACCAAAGCUGUUCUUUUUUUUUUUUUGAAGAUUUAGAGUUUCAUUAAUGUCAAAAAAGUGUGUUACUCUCAUUACGUGUAAUUUUGAGAUGUUUUGUUGCUUGUGGAUAAAGUGCUCAUUUUUCUGUCAUUCUUUACCACUUCUCAUUUUCCACACUUAUGUGGCAAUGACUUUUUCUUGCUUAACUUGUCUGUUCUACACCCCAUAAAUCUGUGAAUGUGUUGACUAUCUUUGCACUAAGAAAAUCCAAGUUUGUUCACUUUAUUUUUUUAUGUAAAUCAAACCAAUAGGAUAAAAUCCCAUUUUAUUCACCUAAAGUUGUCUUGUUGCAGUAGAACAAAACUCAAGCUUUCAACUUCCUCUCGAUAUAAAGAUUGCAAAAAAAAAAAAAAGACAAAUUUCCGUCAUGGGGCUACAAAAAGAGGAAUCGAGCCCUUGUUUCUGUCAAUGUCUUCUAACCUUUAGCAGAGUAGAAUGAGGUCAUUGUUCUUCUUGGACUUUUAUUCAACUAUGUAAAUACAAACAUAUUUAUAAUAUAUAUGUUAUUUUUGAUCAGUUAAUUGGGCCAACACUAUUCUGUGAAAAAUGGUGCUGCGACUUAUAUUAAAAUGAAUAAAAAUUGCUUACCUAAGAGAAAA